CUUCUUUCCAAAGCUUUACGUAAAUAUAUGUGGUUGAAGAGCAAAAUCAUAUAUUUACACACAAAAUUUAGCUAGCAAGAGGGAAUUAAUUAAAUUAUAUAAUGGAAAUAUUGUACAGCUUAGUGGCAGUAAUCUUUGGUGUUUUUGUGUCAGUAAAUGCAUGGAGAUUCUUGAAUUGGGUGUGGUUGGAGCCAAGAAAGGUGGAGAAACGGCUGAGGGAGCAGGGUUUCAAUGGCAACUCUUACAGGUUUUUGGUCGGAGAUUCUAAGGAAAUGAGCAGCAUGGGGGAAGAAGCACAGUCUAAGCCCAUCAAUUUUUCCAAUGAUAUUGUGCACAGAGUCAUGCCUUUCAUCCAUCAUUCUCUUCACAAAUAUGGUGAAAAUUGCUUCAUAUGGUUUGGUCCAAAGCCAGCAGCACUUAUCUCCGACCCUGAAAUGAUAAAAGAGAUCAUGUCCAAGAACUAUGUUUUUCAGAAGAUUUCCAAUCCACUUGAUCAACUACUAGCGAAAGGCGUGGCGGCCUACGAAGCAGACAAAUGGGACAAGCACAGAAGACUGAUUAAUCCUGCUUUUCAUCUAGAGAAACUGAAGCAUAUGGUUCCAUCAUUUUACCUCAGCUGUGCGGACAUGUUGAGCAAAUGGGAUGAGAAGAUUGUAGCCAAGGAAGGAUCAUGCGAAGUCGACGUCUGGCCUUAUCUUCAAAGCAUGUCGAGCGAUGUGAUUUCUCGUACAGCAUUUGGCAGCAACUAUGAAGAAGGAAGAAAGAUAUUUGAACUCCAAAGAGAACAAGAGGAACAUCUCUUACAGGCACUUCAAACACUUUACAUCCCUGGAUGGAGGUUUUUGCCGACGAAACGAAACAGAAGAAUGAAGGAAAUCGUGAAGGAAGUGGAGUCGACUAUACUAGGAAUCAUCAAAAAAAGAAUGCAAAUGAUCGAAGCGGGGGAAUCCAAUUCCGACGACCUGCUGGGAAUAUUGUUGGAGUCCAAUUUCCGGGAAAUCCAACAGAAUGGAACUCAAUCAGGAAUGAGCAUGAAGGAGGUGAUUGAUGAGUGCAAGCUUUUCUACAUCGCCGGGCAGGAGACGACGUCCUCCUUGAUCACCUGGACCAUGAUUCUAUUGAGCAAGCAUUCGGGUUGGCAGGCUCGCGCCAGGGACGAGGUUUUGCAAGUUCUUGGAACUGCUGGAAAACCUGAUUUCCAACACCUAAAUCGCCUGAAAAUUGUGAAUAUGAUUUUUCACGAGGUUAUGAGGUUGUAUCCACCUGCAGUGAUGCUCGGACGAGCCAUUCAUAAGGAAACUCCAUUAGGAAACGUAACUCUUCCUGCCGGGCUUCAGCUCUUGCUGCCUACAGUUGCAGUACACCACGAUCCCAAAAUAUGGGGCGACGAUGCAAAAGAGUUCAAGCCCGAGAGGUUUAGUGAUGGAGUUGCCAAGGCAACGAACGUGCAGUUCUCGUACUUCCCUUUUGGCGGGGGGCCUCGGAUAUGCAUCGGACAGAACUUUGCAAUGUUAGAAGCCAAAAUGGCACUAGCCAUGAUUCUACAACGUUAUUCUUUCGAGCUUUCUCCGUCCUAUGCUCAUGCACCCAAUAUGAUUGUGACACUUCAACCUCAAUUUGGCGCGCACUUAAUCCUGCGCAAACUUUAGGCCUCCAGCCUCCAGGAUUACUUGUUACGUCUUAAAAAUGCUAUACAUAUACAUAGUUGCUACUGUUGUUUGAAUCCCCUACAAAGAAAUAAACAAUUUUCUUCGCUAUAAA